UGCGCAUGCGAGUUUCUGCCUGUCUGCUACAUUGCUAACAAGGAAAAACUCAGGAAGAGAUGAUGGCAGACUCGGGAUCCGAGGAAAUAGCGGUGAUCGGGAACACCGACCUCACAUCGGCAGAACUAGAGAACAACAUUAAAAACACGAUGGUCGAGAUUGAGAAAUGGACUAGUGUUCUAAGAAAGAUGGAGAUCAGCGUUGGAGAGGCAGAGAAAAGGACUGGGAAGAAUACAGUCAAUAUGCAGGAGAUAUACACUGUUUACCUAAUUGAGACACGGCCGGUUGAUGCUGUGACAGAAGGUAUAAUCCCAGCUCCAGACUCCUUAUGGAGGAGAUACAGCGAGUUUGAGCUACUAAGAAACUACUUGUUGGUCACUUAUCCCUUUGUCGUUGUUGCCCCGUUACCCGAGAAGAGGGCAGAGAUUGUGUGGCACAAGCUGUCAGCGGACAACAUGGACCCAGACUUUGUGGAGAGAAGGAGGGUUGGACUGGAGAACUUCCUGCUCCGAUUAGCCUCCCAUCCAGUUCUCUGCAACGACAAGAUCUUCUACAUCUUCCUCACUGAGGAAAAAGGAUGGAAGGAAAUGGUGUACGAGACAGGAUUUCAAGCAAAGGCUGAUUCCAGGUUGAAAGCUAUGAAUGCAGCAUUCAGGGUGAAGAAUCCAGACAAACGGUUUACAGAGCUGAAACACUACAGCGACGAGCUACAGACUGUAGUCUCCCAGCUGCUGAGAGUACGGGCAUGCAGAAAUUCACAGAACAUAAAAAUAGAAGCAGCGGAAUCAAAGAAACUGUGCAAAAUCUUUCUCCAGAGGGUAGCAGAUCGACUGUAUGGGGUGUACAAAGUGCAUGGAAACUAUGGACGAGUCUUCAGUGAGUGGAGUGCCAUAGAGAAAGAGAUGGGAGAUGGACUACAAAGUGCUGGUCAUCACAUGGAUGCGUAUGCUGCUUCUGUAGAUGAUAUUCUGGAGGAAGAGGAGCACUAUGCUGAUCAGCUGAAGGAGUACCUAUUCUAUACUGAGGCACUAAGGGCAGUGUGCAGGAAGCAUGAGUUGACACAGUUUGAGCUGGAGAUGGCUGCACAGGACUUAGCCUCUAAAAAACAGCAGAAGGAGGAGCUGGUCACAGGGACUGUGCGGACGUUCUCACUGAAGGGGAUGACCAGUAAGCUGUUUGGCCAGGAGACUGCAGAGCAGAGGGAGGUUAAGUUACAAGUGUUAGAACAGCAGAUAGAGGAGGGAGAGGAGGCUGUGAAAGAGAAGAACGCCGAGAGCGAUGAGUUUGUGAAGACUGCCUGGAUAGACAUUGAGCACUUUAAAGACCAAAAGGACCGGGACCUGAAGGAGGCCCUGAUUAGCUAUGCAAUCAUGCAGAUCAGCAGGUGUAAAAAGGGAAUACAAGUGUGGACCAACGCAAAGGAGUGUUUCAACAAGAUGUGAUCUUCAGGGCCGAAACAGGCCCUCCAAACAAACAGCAAAACAGAACAUGCUUCUUUUCAAGGGACUACUCCUGGGGUUGCAUCCCAAAUUGCACUCUAUUCCCUAAAUAGUGUGCUACUUUUGACCAGAGCCCUGUGGGGUCUGUUCACUGUAUAGGGAACAGGAUGCUUUUUGGGACAGAUUCCUGGACACAGUCCCUAUGAUCCUUAUGGCAACAUUGAUCAUGUAUGCUCAAGAACAAAUAAAUAAUAAAUAUUUUUCUACAUCUUUAUCAUGUCCAAUUGCUAGCUGCCUUGAUUUGAUCGACUUGCAAUUACAGUUAUUUCUCAGUGACUGUCUGACAAAUGUGUUUUUUCAUACAAAUGUAUUUUCGCUGAAAUGCCGAUUUAAGGUUAUUCACCAAGCACUUAUAUUAAUUUGUUUAUAGAGAUGCCAAGAAAUGUGGACUGAAUCCAAUUUUCCUAUUCUGCCUUUUACACAAUGUUCAAAAUCACGUCAUAAGAUUAGUCUUGCAUAUUUUCUAUGAAUUCCCUGGUUUUCCCAAAAAUCCAGGCUGGAGGAUUCCAAGAAUCAGGAGGGAACAAGCAGGAAAUCCGGAAUUCUCAAAUCAGGAUUAAUGGAAAACCAGAAAAUUUAUUGACAGUUCCAAGAAUUUUGCAACCCUACAUAAGAUUACAACUGUUUAGAUUUAUUUUUUUUGUUAUUGAACCUUUAACCAUGCAUGUCAAUUAACAACAAAUUAUUAUUUACAAUGGAGGCAGGAGGCAAUUAGACUAGUUCUAUAAGAAUGUGCUUGCCGUUUAUUUUACAUGCAUAAUUCAAUUGUGUUUUUGUCAAUUUUAUACUUGUGGUUGGUAUAUUGACCUUUGUCUUUUCUACCCUCUCAGUGCAUUGUCCCAGUAUACUAAAAUAAGGUGUUCAACCUUUUCAGAUGUUUUUGUACAACAUUAAGAAUGUAACCCUCCUAUUUAAAUGGCUUACUGUACUUUGCCAUUCAAAACAUACUCAGGCACUUGGCCUUAAGUAACCACUAUGAUGAAUGGCAGGCUUGUCAUUUCUGAAGAGUGGGUGGGUCAGUGUUUUGAUAAAUCUAGCCAAAGGAACAGGAAGGUCACACAGGAAAGACAGGAUGUGAUAAUUUACUUAUGGUAGUGUUGUGCGUGUACUGGGGAUGCAGCUCAAAUGACUACCUAUGCUCUAUAUAGUGCAUUACUUUUGACCAGAGCACUAAGGGCCUUGGUCUAAAUGAGUGCACUAAAUAGGAAAGGGUGCAAUUUGGGACACAACCCCUGGCCUCUUGCAUCUCUGUUCACUCUAAGGGCUAGGGGAGGAGGUGCAAUGUUAAUCGUGAAUUUGGGAUGAGAUCAGAGCGCUCUGGCAGGAAAUUGCACUGUUUAUGCGGUUGUGAGGUUGUAAUCAUUGUGCCAAAAAUACACUAAUAAAUAGGAAGAAUUCUA